AUGGAAAACAAUCAGUUCACAGUAAAAUGGGAGUUUGACAGCUAUAAAAAUCUUCUCUGGCGCGCAUCUGCGCUCCGGCUGCUGCUGCUCCUGCUGGCCCCGCUGCUGCGGGCCGUGCCCGAGGAGGACCUGAGCCACCGGAACAAGGAGCCGCCGGCGCCUGCCCAGCAGCUGCAGCCGCAGCCCGCCGCGGGGCAGGGCCCCGAAGCCGCCCGGGCCGAGAAAGGAUUUACACCAGUUGCUCCAGUUCAUGCCAAUAAAGAAGAUCCAGCUACACAAACUAAUUUGGGCUUUAUCCAUGCAUUUGUCGCUGCCAUAUCAGUUAUCAUUGUGUCUGAACUGGGUGAUAAGACAUUUUUCAUAGCCGCCAUCAUGGCGAUGCGCUAUAACCGAUUGACAGUAUUGGCUGGUGCUAUGCUGGCCUUGGGCUUGAUGACGUGCUUAUCCGUUUUGUUUGGUUAUGCCACCACAGUCAUCCCCAGGGUGUAUACAUACUAUGUCUCAACUGCUUUAUUUGCCAUUUUUGGCAUUAGAAUGCUUCGGGAAGGCUUAAAGAUGAGUCCAGAUGAGGGUCAAGAGGAACUGGAAGAAGUUCAAGCAGAAUUAAAGAAAAAAGAUGAAGAAUUUCAACGAACCAAACUCUUAAAUGGACCAGGUGAUGUCAAGACAGGUACAAGCACAAUGAUACCUCAGAAAAAGUGGCUGCAUUUUAUUUCGCCCAUCUUUGUUCAAGCUCUGACACUGACAUUCUUAGCAGAGUGGGGUGAUCGCUCCCAUCUAACUACAAUUGUUUUGGCAGCCAGAGAGGAUCCCUAUGGUGUAGCUGUGGGCGGAACAGUGGGACACUGCUUGUGCACAGGACUGGCAGUAAUUGGAGGAAGAAUGAUAGCACAAAAAAUCUCUGUCAGAACAGUGACAAUCAUAGGAGGCAUCAUAUUUUUGGCGUUUGCAUUUUCUGCACUAUUUAUAAGUCCUGAAUCUGGUUUUUAACAAGCUACUUGUUCAUUUGUAUUUAGUAUAAGAUAGGUAACUCUAUGUACAUAGUGUACAUUAUAACUAAAAGUGAUGGAAAAAACUGUAUUUUGUAGCAUUGAUUUGUGAGUUUGACACAUUUAAUGAAAGUAUUAUGUCCUAAAGAAAUAAUCAUUGAUUCUAUUUGCAACAUGGAUUUUGAAAAGAAACCUCAUGUCUAAGUGUGGAUUUCUCUUUUCUCCAGCAUAAUUAUGUUCCUUUUAUUGUUUGGGUGUUUUGUUUUUUGGGGUUUUUUUUGGAGGGGGGGAGGGAUAUGCAGAACCAUUGUGCAGUGGGGUCUACCACUCAAUUUUCUUCUAGCACUGACCCCUUUGUAAGGAAUAUAAAUUUUCUCUUGGAUCAGAGAGGUGUUUAAGCUGUUGACCUUAAGAUUUUUCUUGGG